AUUGUGUAGGUUCCCACCUGCAAGAGUGAGGUUGGGGCCGCUGGGGUGAAACCCCAAAGGAAAGCGGGAUCGGGACUGAGGGAGGGGGAUUCCCAAGUCCCUGACACCAGCGCCGGGUCAGCCUGGGCUUGGUGACCUCGUCAGUUCCGUCUGUCGGGACUAGGCCGCGACCAGGCCGGGCACAGAGGCACCCGGUCCGGCGCGUGUGCGGCCUGCAGACAAAAGGCCGAGCCCGCAGGGCCAACCCGCGCACCACCCCGUAGCGACUGGGGGCGGGAGCCGGAGAGCCGAGAAGCUCGUCUCGGCGCGUCUAUUGGCUGGUAUUGACGCCCAUCCGGACCCCGAGGCCAGGCAGUUGGCCAAGGGGGGCGGGGUUUGCAGAGCCCCAAUGAAUGGGGGAGCCGGAAGCAGGAAGUGAGUUUGCGAACGGAGCAGCUGCUGCAGGGCCCAUGGCGGACACCCAGUACAUCCUGCCCAAUGACAUCGGCGUGUCUAGCCUGGACUGCCGUGAGGCCUUCCGCCUGCUGUCACCCACAGAGCGCCUCUAUGCCCACCACCUGUCCCGUGCUGCCUGGUAUGGAGGCCUGGCUGUGCUGCUUCAGACCUCCCCCGAGGCCCCUUACAUCUAUGCUCUGCUCAGCCGCCUCUUCCGCGCGCAGGACCCCGACCAGCUGCGCCAACAUGCCCUGGCUGAGGGCCUUACCGAGGAGGAGUAUCAGGCGUUCCUGGUCUAUGCCGCGGGUGUUUACUCCAACAUGGGCAACUACAAGUCCUUUGGUGACACCAAGUUUGUUCCCAACUUGCCCAAGGAAAAGCUGGAACAGGUGAUCCUAGGGAGUGAGGCCGCUCAGCAGCACCCCGAAGAAGUCAGGGGCCUCUGGCAGACCUGUGGGGAGCUUAUGUUCUCUCUGGAGCCAAGGCUUCGACACCUCGGACUGGGGAAGGAGGGAAUCACCACCUAUUUCUCUGGGAAUUGUACCAUGGAAGAUGCCAAAUUGGCCCAGGACUUUCUGGACUCACAGAACCUCAGUGCCUAUAACACCCGGCUCUUCAAAGAGGUUGAUGGAGAAGGGAAGCCCCACUACGAGGUGCGGCUGGCUUCUGUGCUUGGCUCAGAGCCUUCCCUGGACUCUGAGAUGACUUCCAAGCUGAAGAGCUAUGAAUUCCGGGGAAGCCCUUUCCAGGUGACCCGAGGGGACUAUGCGCCCAUCCUCCAGAAGGUGGUGGAGCAGCUGGAGAAAGCCAAGGUGUAUGCAGCCAAUGGCCACCAGGGGCAGAUGCUGGCCCAGUAUAUAGAGAGCUUCACCCAGGGCUCCAUCGAGGCCCACAAGAGGGGCUCCCGCUUCUGGAUCCAGGACAAAGGCCCCAUCGUGGAGAGUUACAUCGGGUUCAUCGAGAGCUACCGUGACCCCUUUGGUUCCCGAGGAGAAUUUGAAGGUUUCGUAGCUGUGGUGAACAAGGCCAUGAGUGCCAAGUUUGAGCGGCUAGUGGCGAGUGCAGAGCAGCUGCUGAAGGAGCUGCCCUGGCCCCCAGCCUUUGAGAAGGACAAGUUCCUCACCCCCGACUUCACCUCCCUGGAUGUUCUCACCUUUGCUGGCUCCGGCAUCCCUGCUGGUAUCAAUAUCCCCAACUACGAUGACCUGAGGCAGACGGAAGGCUUUAAGAACGUGUCGCUGGGGAAUGUGCUGGCUGUGGCCUACGCCACGCAGCGGGAGAAGCUCACCUUUCUGGAGGAGGAUGACAAGGAUCUGUACAUCCUCUGGAAGGGGCCCUCCUUCGAUGUGCAGGUGGGCCUGCAUGAGCUGCUGGGCCAUGGCAGUGGCAAGCUCUUCGUACAGGAUGAAAAAGGAGCAUUCAACUUUGACCAGGAGACAGUGAUCAACCCAGAGACGGGCGAGCAGAUUCAGAGCUGGUAUCGGAGCGGGGAGACCUGGGACAGCAAGUUCAGCACCAUCGCCUCCAGCUACGAAGAGUGCCGGGCUGAGAGCGUGGGCCUCUACCUCUGUCUCCACCCGGAAGUGCUGGAGAUCUUUGGCUUUGAGGGGGCUGAUGCAGAGGACGUGAUCUACGUGAACUGGCUCAACAUGGUUCGGGCCGGGCUGCUCGCUCUGGAGUUCUACACACCUGAGGCCUCCAACUGGCGACAGGCCCAUAUGCAGGCCCGGUUUGUGAUCCUGAGAGUCUUGCUGGAGGCUGGCGAGGGACUCGUUACCAUCACUCCCACCACAGGCUCUGAUGGGCGCCCAGAUGCCCGGGUCCGCCUCGACCGCAGCAAGAUCCGGUCUGUGGGCAAGCCUGCUCUAGAGCGCUUCCUGCGGAGGCUUCAGGUGCUGAAGUCCACAGGGGAUGUGGCUGGAGGGCGGGCCCUGUACGAGGGGUAUGCGGCAGUCACUGAUACGCCCCCGGAGUGCUUCCUCACCCUCAGGGACACAGUGCUGCUGCGUAAGGAAUCUCGGAAGCUCAUCGUUCAGCCCAACACUCGCCUUGAAGACUCAGACGUGCAGCUUCUGGAAUACGAGGCCUCGGCUGCUGGCCUCAUCCGAUCCUUCUCCGAGCGUUUCCCAGAGGAUGGACCCGAGUUGGAGGAGAUCCUCACACAACUGGCCACAGCUGAUGCCCGAUUCUGGAAGGGCCCCAGUGAGGCCCCAUCUGGCCAGGCUUGAGGAAGAUGUGUGGCCUCUCCCCUAACUCCAAGAAACCAAGGCUGCAAGUGGCCCUCUGUUCGUGUGUGUUUUUAGGGGCUAGGGGAGGGGGAGGGGCAGGAUCUCGGACCUUGGUACUACCUCAGCUGAGGGUGGUGACACUAACCCCUUCCAUUUGUCAGCACUUUCCAGCUUGCCAAGUGCUUCCCCUCUGUGAUCUCAUUUCAUCUGCACUGCCAUACCUGGAGUGAGCAAGACAGGGCUCACCAUCCUGUCUACCAGAUGAGGAAAUGGCAGUUCUGAGAAGUCACUGGUCUAGAUUCCACAGGUGGCAUGUGACAGCUAGGGUUCAAAAUGUUCUCACCUAAUCCAGUGCUCCUCACAUAUUAAUUUUAUAACCAGACAAAUAAAUAUUAGAGACAACCACCAUA